AUGGGUUCCUCCAGCCCUUCCGUCUUCUCCACAAAUGUCGUGCCCGCCGCCCCGGAAGAUCCUCUCUUUGGUCUGGCGCAGGCCUUCCGUCAGGAUCCCUCGGAGAAAAAGGUCGAUGUGGUCAUCGGCGCCUACAGAGACGACAACGCAAAGCCCUGGGUGCUUCCCGUGGUAAAAAAGGCCGACGAGGCGAUUCGCAACGAUCCCAACCUCAACCAUGAAUAUCUUCCCAUCAAGGGUCUUCCGGACUUCACCUCUGCCGCUCAGAAGCUCAUGAUCGGUGCGGAUAGUGCGGCAAUCCAGGAGAAACGAGUCUGCACAUUACAAGCCGUCUCCGGAACAGGCGCAUUGCACCUGGGCGCUUUGUUCCUGGCCAAAUUCCACCCACAACCUCCCAAGAUCUACCUCUCCAGCCCCACGUGGGCCAACCACCAUCAGAUCUUCACCAACGUCGGCCUCUCCAUCGCCAACUACCCCUACUUCUCCGCGAAGACCAAGGGUCUCGACUUCGACGGCAUGCUCGGCGCCUUGCGCGACGCUCCCGCCGGCUCCAUCAUCGUCCUGCACGCUUGCGCCCACAACCCCACUGGUGUCGACCUGACCCAGGAUCAGUGGAAGGAGGUCGCUGUUGUCCUGCGCGAGCGCCAGCACUUCCCGUUCUUCGACUGCGCCUACCAGGGCUUCGCGUCGGGCGAUCUGUCCCGCGACUCGUGGGCGAUUCGAUACUUCGUCGAGCAGGGCUUCGAGCUUUGCAUUGCGCAAUCAUUCGCCAAGAACUUCGGUCUGUACGGCCAGCGCACGGGCGCCUACCACUUCGUUUCCGCCCCCGGCCCGGACGCCGAAGCCGCCAACGCCCACAUCGCCAGCCAGCUGGCCAUCCUGCAGCGCUCCGAGAUUUCCAACCCCCCCGCAUACGGUGCACGCAUCGCCAGCCGCAUUCUGAACGACCCUCAGCUCUUCGCCGAGUGGGAGGAGGACCUGCGUACCAUGAGCGGUCGCAUUGCGGAGAUGCGCAAGGGACUGCGCGAGCGUCUCGAGGCGAAAGGCACUCCCGGCAGCUGGGAUCACAUCACAAGUCAGAUUGGCAUGUUCAGUUUCACUGGACUGACCGAGCCGCAGGUCAAGGUUUUGAGAGAAAAGUGGCAUGUGUACAUGACCAAGAACGGCCGUAUCUCCAUGGCUGGCCUCAACACAAAUAACCUCGACUACUUUGCGGAAGCCGUCGACAGCGUUGUCCGCGAGACCUCAUAG